UUAGCACCGCCCGCAGCCGCCAUCUGUUCCCUUCCCUCCCGUGUGCCCCUCCCGCCCCGAAGCCCAAUUGGGAAGCCUGGGUCCAGGCCGCAGGCGCCUGGAGUGAGCGGAGAGGAAGGUAAAAGGGAGAGGAAGGGUGAGCAGUAGACACUAGGUGAGAAGCGCGCGGCCUGGCGGACUGACCGACGGACGGGCCCGUGCUACUGUUGUGGCGCCCGCGCGAAUCACGUCGAAGAGGCGGCAGCCGCAGUAGCAGCAGCGGAAACAAGAGGGGAGCAAUGGCAGCCGACAGCCGGGAGGAGAAAGAUGGGGAGCUUAAUGUUCUUGAUGAUAUUUUGACUGAAGUACCAGAGCAAGAUGAUGAGCUGUAUAACCCAGAAAGUGAACAAGAUAAAAAUGAGAAAAAGGGAUCAAAAAGAAAAAGUGACCGAAUGGAAUCUACUGACAGCAAACGACAAAAGCCUUCUGUUCAUUCAAGACAGUUGAUUUCAAAGCCACUGAGCUCGUCUGUGAGCAAUAACAAGAGAAUAAUUAGUACAAAAGGAAAGUCGGUCACAGAGUAUAAAAAUGAGGAAUACCAAAGGUCUGAAAGAAACAAACGCCUAGAUGCUGAUCGGAAGAUCCGUUUGUCAAGUAGCGCCUCCAGAGAGCCCUAUAAGAGUCAACCUGAAAAGACUUGUCUCAGGAAAAGGGACCCUGAAAGGAGGGCCAAAUCUUCCACACCAGAUGAUCCUGAGAGAAUUGGGCUUGAUGUGGAUAGACGAGCAAGCAGAUCCAGCCAGUCUUCUAAGGAAGAGGUGAACUCUGAAGAAUAUGUUUCCGAUCAUGAGACUGGCAGCAGUGGCUCUUCUGAUGAGCAAGGCAACAACACGGAGAAUGAGGAGGAAGGAGUGGAAGAAGAUGUGGAAGAAGAUGAAGAGGUCGAAGACGAUGUAGAGGAAGAUGAGGUCGAUGAAGAUGGAGAGGAGGAGGAGGAAGAGGAAGAAGAGGAGGAGGAGGAGGAAGAAGAAUAUGAACAGGAUGAGAGAGACCAGAAGGAGGAGGGAAAUGAUUAUGACACUCGAAGUGAGGCUAGCGACUCAGAUUCUGAAUCUGUUUCCUUCACAGAUGGAUCUGUCCGAUCUGGUUCAGGCACAGAUGGAUCAGAUGAGAAAAAGAAGGAAAGGAAGCGAGCUAGAGGCAUAUCUCCAAUUGUUUUUGAUAGAAGUGGAAGCUCUGCCUCAGAGUCAUAUGCAGGUUCAGAAAAGAAGCAUGAGAAAUUAUCAUCUUCCGUUCGUGCUGUCCGAAAAGAUCAAACCAGUAAACUCAAAUAUGUCCUGCAGGAUGCAAGAUUUUUCCUCAUAAAGAGUAACAACCAUGAGAAUGUGUCUCUUGCCAAAGCUAAGGGUGUAUGGUCCACACUGCCCGUAAAUGAGAAAAAAUUAAAUGCUGCCUUCAGAUCUGCAAGGAGUGUUAUCUUAAUAUUUUCAGUAAGAGAGAGUGGAAAAUUUCAGGGGUUUGCAAGACUUUCUUCAGAAUCACAUCAUGGAGGAUCUCCUAUACAUUGGGUUCUUCCAGCAGGAAUGAGUGCUAAAAUGCUGGGAGGAGUCUUUAAAAUUGACUGGAUUUGCAGGCGUGAAUUACCCUUCACUAAAUCGGCACAUCUCACCAAUCCUUGGAAUGAACAUAAACCAGUAAAGAUCGGACGUGAUGGACAGGAAAUUGAACUUGAAUGUGGAACCCAGCUUUGUCUUCUGUUUCCCCCCGAUGAAAGUAUUGACUUGUAUCAGGUCAUUCAUAAAAUGCGUCACAAGAGAAGAAUGCAUUCUCAGCCCCGAUCAAGAGGACGUCCAUCCCGUCGAGAACCAGUCCGGGAUGUGGGAAGGCGUCGACCAGAAGAUUAUGAUAUUCAUAACAGCAGAAAGAAACCAAGGAUUGACUAUCCCCCUGAGUUUCACCAGAGACCAGGGUAUUUAAAGGAUCCACGAUACCAGGAAGUGGACAGUUUCACAAAUCUUAUUCCCAACAGACGAUUUUCAGGAGUUCGCCGAGAUGUGUUUUUAAAUGGGUCCUACAAUGACUAUGUGAGGGAAUUCCAUAACAUGGGACCACCACCACCGUGGCAAGGAAUGCCUCCUUAUCCAGGAAUGGAACAGCCUCCACACCAUCCAUAUUAUCAACAUCAUGCUCCACCUCCUCAAGCCCACCCACCUUACUCAGGACAUCACCCAGUACCACAUGAAGCAAGAUACAGAGAUAAACGAGUACAUGAUUAUGAUAUGAGAGUGGAUGAUUUUCUUCGUCGCACACAAGCGGUUGUCAGUGGCCGGAGAAGUAGACCCCGUGAAAGAGAUCGGGAACGAGAGCGAGACCGCCCCAGAGAUAACAGAAGAGACAGAGAGAGAGAGAGAGGGCGAGACAGAGAAAGAGAAAGAGAGCGAUUAUGUGAUCGGGACAGAGACCGAGGGGAGAGAGGUCGAUAUCGAAGAUAAUGCGCUCUGGGAAGCAAUGAUGGUUUAAAGAUAAAACAAACAAAAAAGUUUUUGUUUUUUUGGGUUUUUUUGGGUGUGUGUUUACAAGUAGUAAAUUUAUUUUCAGCUGUCUACUUAAAGUUCAUUGUGUAGAAGGAUUUAUUAUGAUCCCCUUUGUUCCAAGCAUGCGGUAUAAUAAGAACUGGAAAAAUUUAAAGCCUGCCAACAAUGCACAGUUGACAACUGCCUGUUGACACUUACUGGGGCAAAAUGGAACAGUCCAAGAAUGUAGAUACUGAGUCUUUCUCCAUAAAUGUUCAUCUACUUAUAGUGAGUUCAACGUAGGGUUAUUGUUUAUUUUCAUUCUUUGGGAUCUUAAAUGAUAACUGCCAUGACAUUUUGCUUUGUGUUUCUACAUGUAGUUGCACACGGUUCAGUAAAAUAAUGCUGCUAUCAAGUAUGCAAAUAGGACAUAUGGUUUGGCUGUAUGGCAGUGUUGUAGCAGCCUCUCAGUUUCUUCUCCCACACCCCCCUUUUAAAUACGUAUAACGUCACUUUUUGUUUUGGUUUAGUCUUCAAUGAUGAAAGCAAUAUUAAGAAGACAUUGCUAUCUAAUUUUGAACCAUUUCGAAUAUUAUAAAAAUCUUAUGUUUGGUAGCAUGAGAUGCUAUUGUUUAGCCUUCCCCUCCAAACUGUAUACAUUGGCUUGAAAUGUUCUCACAGCUUAUGUGUGGCAGUGGAAGAUUCCCAUAUUCUACAUUGCUACUGUUUUGUAUAAAAUAAAUUCGUAAAGAUGA